GCAGACUUUGAAACACAGAAAUUCUUCCCAUUGUAGUGUUUUUUUCUCAGAAACACAAGAAGAGCUUAUGGAUAUUGCUAAGAAGUUCAUAUCUGAAAUUGAUGACAAGCUCGAGUCUAAAUCAGAAUUUGAUAAAGAGCUCGAGAAAAUCAAGUCUUCCUUCAAUGAAGAAUAUGAGAAAUGGUCGUCUGGAAAACAGAGGGGAUCUUCCUCUAAGCAUGGAAACCAGUCCACACAUGGUGAUUCAUCACCAACUCGUAACAGCAGCGGCAGCAGUAAAAAAGGGCGGCCUAAGGCGAACCGUGUGGAGACAAGCUCUGAGCUUCCGGAUCACCUCAUUCGUGGUUUCAUUAACGAGAAACUGUUCUUGAAGAACUUCUUGCUGAAGCAAAAGGAAUCCGAAGAGUUCAAGACUCUAGCAAUUGUGGGGAAAUACGGAGUUGGGAAAACGACAUUGUGUCAGGCUGUGUUCAACGACGAAGAUGUUAAGCAAGUUUAUUUCCCGAGGAUAUGGGUUUCUAUGUACAGCAAAGAAACAAAAGAAGACGAAGAUCCCAAGAUAGAUGUUGUGAAGAGGAUCUUGAGAUCCCUUGGAGUUGAAGAUGAGAUGUUUAAACACAUCAAAACAGAAGCAGAAGAAGAGAAGAGUAUCAAAGAUGAAGCUGGGGAAAGAGAGGAAGAGACGGUCAAAGAAAAGGAGCUUGCUCGAUUAUUGUAUGCUCUUCACUUGAAUCUGAUUGGGAAGAAGUAUCUGAUAGUGUUGGAUGAUGUUUGGGAAGACAACGAGUGGGAUCAAAGGCUCGAUGAUGAGAAGAAGCAACAGGAAAAAUCACAUCUUUCUUGUGGGUUUCCUAAAGGGUUUGGUGGGAAAGUGAUUAUGACUAGCAGAGACGAGAGAUUGGCGAAGGCGAUAGUCGGAGAAGAAGAGAAUCUGCAGCGUUUGUUUCCAAGAUCCGAUGCAGAGAGCUUGUGGGAGAUUUACAUUGAUGCAGUACCCACCAAGGUGGACGAUGCAGCAGCCACGAAUUUGGGCGAUGCAGUAGCCACAAAUGCGGGCGAUGCAGUAGCCCCGAAAGUGAAUCCGAGGUAUCCGGGAAGAUACAAACAAGAGCUUAUGGAUAAGUCUUGUGGUAUUCCUUUGGCUGCUCGAAUGCUGGCGAAGAUUGAGCCUGUGAAAGUGGAUGAAAUUGGAAACAUAGAUAGGAAGCAGAGCUUCUAACUUCUAACGCAAUAUCUAUGUAUUUACUAUUUACUCUCUGAUAUAAGGAAGCUAUUCAAGAUUACUAUAUAAAGUUAUUUUAUUGUUCUAGAAACUGUUAAGAGUUGUCACUUGUGUGAGUGUAAACCUAUGGCAGUUAAUAAAGAUUAAAAAGAGAUUUUAAUAC